AAAUGAUUGAAAUAUCCUAUAAACAUAGACAUUAAAAUUUGAAAAUGCUUAAACUAUAUUUCAAAGGUAGCAAUAGAUUUUUAAGAAGAGACUUUAAGCGCCUUUAUUCGUCAAGUACUGCUUGGAAUGUUCUCUUUUUUGGCUCAGAUCAAUUUUCUUUAUAUUCUUUAAAAUUACUCUGUAGUUAUUAUCAAGAAUUACAAUUAAUAAAUAAAUUAGAUGUAGUCACUAAAAUUACGAAACAGGCUAAUGAUGUUCAAAAAUUUGCUACAAACCAAAACUUAACACUGUAUAAUUGGCCCGAUGUUCCAAUUGAAAGAAAAUACGAUGUUGGUGUAGUGGUUUCUUUCGGUUAUUUAAUCCCUCAGUGUAUUAUAGAGCAAUUUCCAUACGGAAUCCUAAAUGUCCAUGGUAGUCUAUUACCUAAAUGGAGAGGAGCAGCACCUAUAAUAUACUCCUUGGCCAAAGGAGAUAGAGAAACUGGUGUUACAGUAAUGAGAAUAAAACCAAAUAAAUUUGAUACCGGGGAUAUAUUAUUGCAAGAGAGCCAUCCUGUAGGGAAAGAUACCAUGAUGCCCGAACUGCAUAAAUCAUUAGGAGAAUUAGGAGCUCAGGCUUUAGUUAAAACUUUAAAGGAUCUACCUAAUUACAUUCAGUUUUCAAAGCCCCAAUCAAAUGACCAUGCUACUUAUGCACCAAAAGUACUACCUGAUUUUGCAGUAAUCAAAUGGGAUAGCAUGAAUUCCCAGCAAGUAUACAAUUUAUAUCGAGCUUUAUAUGGAUUUUUAUUGCCUACGACAGAGUGGCAUAAGGUGCAAGUAAAACUAUCAGGAAUAAAAGUGAAUGAUGAAGUUGGUGAUAUUGAAGACCAAAAACCGGGCUGUGUGAGUUAUAGUAAAAUGACGAAACGUUUGAAUGUGAUAUGUGCUGAUAAAACAAUAAUCAGUGUAGAUAGUGUAUCUGUUUUAGGAAAAAAAGUGAUGUCUGCAGCUGAUUUUCAUAACGGCUUUUUAAGCAAAGUGCCUGUAAAUUUAAGGUACUUUGUAUAGAUGGUUUUU